UGAACAUGCUGCAUUUAGAAAAAUAUUUAUUUAUAAUAGUCAAGCUUAAAAAUUUACAUUAAGCUAAAAAAGGUACACACUAUAUAUUUGUAUUGUCAUUCAGCUUAUAAGUAAUAAUAUUAAUUAAAUUUCUCCUUUUAUAAAAUAUUUUUUUUUACAUUUCACAGUCGGGUGCGGUACAUUUAACACUACUUGGGAGAAGGAGUUUAAAACAGAAAUGGACAAAGCAAUAUCGGGUGAUUCUGUUAUACCAAACUGCAGCCACUUAAAAGACGCUCUGGAUGCGAUGGCAAAGCUCCACGGCUCUACGAGAGCGCAGUGUUAUGCCAAUGUCUUAAACGUUGGUCUGGAAAUAAAAGCUGCAGAGUGCCCGUGUGACAGCGGUUUUACGAAGACAGAUGGCAAUUGCACGAUGCCGCAGUGCAGCGACCAAUCCGUUUGCAUCCAACUUGAAGACGAUUACACGCUCGGUCGAAUCGUGUGUUGCGUCAAAGACAGUGUUACACCAAAACAGGACGCCUGCUUUAGCGGGCAGACUGCAGAGAUCUUUACUACCACCGAUAAACUGACCAAUUGUAAGGCUUACUGCUAUGGUAACUGUACGCGGAGGACUGAGAACGAACUCUACACAUGCUGCAAAGAGCGCAAAAACCUGCAAAGUCCCGGGAAUACCGCUGAAGAAGGCGAAAAGUUAACCGGAGGAAUCGUGGCGAUUCUGGUGGUAUUUAUCAUCAUGCUGUUCAUAGCGGGUGGAUUCGGAUUGUUAUACGUUUGUAGAAAAAUGAAGAAUGAAAAGAAGCAAGCUAAGUCGAUUAAGAGUAGCGGCGACGGCAUUCGGCUGACCUGUUUAAGUGAUAUCAUCGGGGAUGGAGGCAUGGAAAUGGUAAACCUUGCAUUCGACAACAGCGCAAACUACGAGGCCACUCUGCCUCUGUCAAACUCACGCGAGUCCCUGUCACAAAGACCUGAUUGGCCAGCAGGCGAGUCAGCUGACUACGAUGACGUCAUUGACACAACGCGGAAUUCCCGAUCGAAUUCAGAGGGUUCGAAAUCGAGCAAGAAAAAGCGUCGCUAUAAACCGUCAAGAACUCAGGUGGAGGUUUCUAUCGAGCAAUCUCGCUCUUCGCACGUGGAAAACAAUAACGAUUCGUAUGACGUCAUAGGACAAAGUCAGAUGGAGGGAUACGUAGCCAUCAGUCGAAGCGAGAAUCAGAACCAGUACGAUGAACUGCAGUUUUCCGGCGUGGAAGGACGUAAAGAAACGCAAGAAGAUCGGUAUUCCGUAGACGUUAAUAAACAUCGCCGACAGAGUUUGGGGUCCCGAAAGAGUUUGGACGAUGUAGAAUCUAACGAAUUCCGCCGACAAAGUGUUGGGUCGCGAAAAAGUUUGGACGAUGUAGACUCUAAUGAAUGCCGACGACAGAGUGUGGGAUCACGAAAGAGUUUGGACGCUGAUUACAACAGUACGCUGCCGGGAGAAAUAUACUAGAAUCAAGGAUUUGGCUCACAAUAAAUAAUACACGUUCAUUAAAAAAGCAAUAAUCAA